AUGGAGAAUGAAGUGUCGACAAAGGAUGCAUUGGGUAGAUAAAUUCCCAUGUACCUAGUUGGUGAGGUGUGCACUUCGACCAGUUGUGUUUGGAAAGUGCAGUAUGGAAAACCUCAAAACAAGCAUAGUUCUGUUGUUAUUACUGGUGAGCGUACCAUUUAGAUCUACGCAAAUUAUAAAAAGACCAAAUGUAUUACUUCUGGUUUUGGAUGAUUUUCGCCCGGCUAUAAGGUCGUUUGGGGAUGCCAAAGCGAUAACACCAAACAUUGAUCGAUUAGUUAACAAUGGAUAUUACUUUACUAAUGCGUUCGCACAGCAAUCGAUUUGUGCACCAAGUAGAAAUUCGUUUCUCACCGGUCGUAGACCAGAUACAACAAAGUUGUACGAUUUCUACAGUUAUUGGAGAGAAUCAGCUGGGAACUUCACAACACUACCUCAAUACUUUAAACAAAACGGCUACCUUACUAAAUCAAUUGGAAAGAUAUUUCAUCCAGGAAUAUCGUCAAAUUUUACAGAUGAUUAUCCUUUAAGUUGGAGUGAAGAACCUUAUCAUCCUUCUACAGCAGAAUACAACAAUAAGCCAACAUGCAUUGAUAUGAAAACAGGAAACAUGACCAAUAAUUUACUGUGUCCUGUUGUGCUGCAACUGCAACCGGAAGGAACACUUCCUGACAUUCAGAGUACCGAAGAAGCUACAAACUUCUUGAAAUCCCAUCGAAACUCCAGUUUGCCAUAUUUUCUGGCUGUAGGGUAUUACAAACCUCAUAUUCCUUUCAAAAUACCGACGCAAUAUCUACAGCUACACGAGAACACCGAUUUCAAGACUCUCGACUUGGAUUAUCCACCACAUGGAUUACCAACCGUAGCUUGGAAUUCCUACUUAGACAUAAGAAGCCGAGAUGACAUGAUGGCAUUGAAUAUAAGCUAUCCGUUCGGACCAAUUCCAGAUUUGGUAAAAUUAAAAAUACGACAACACUAUUACGCAGCUGUUAGCUAUGUCGAUGCCAUGAUUGGAGAGCUGUUGAAAAAUGUUAACUUCGAAGACACCAUAAUCGUACUAACGUCCGAUCACGGAUGGGCACUAGGUGAACAUGCCGAGUGGUCAAAGUUCAGUAACUACGAUGUUGCGCUUAAUGUGCCUCUCAUCAUCUACAGUCCUCAAGUGAAACCCAAGUCAGAGAAUAAAAUAGCAACGGUUGUUGAGCUGUUGGACCUCUUUCCAACUUUAGUGGACUUGGCCGGUCUACCACCAAUUUCAACAUGCAAAAACAAUAGGAGAGUGGAGGAAACGUGCGUAGAAGGAAAAUCAUUGCAACCACUAAUUUUCGGCGAUCCGUGCGAUAGUCUACUGGAAGAAGCUUUCAGCCAAUAUCCCAGACCAGGAACGUACCCGUCUAUUCAUCCAAACAGUGAUAAACCUAAACUCUACCAAAUAGAGAUUAUGGGCUACAGUUUGCGCACGAAGCAAUUUCGAUAUACGGCGUGGAUUGGAUUUGACCCAAACACUUUCAAACGGAAUUGGAGCAAAAUCUACGGUGAAGAAUUAUAUGAUCAUACGAUUGAUCCCAAGGAGAAUAUGAAUCUAGUCGACCGACCGCAAUUAGUGACCAUAGUUGAAUGGCUGAGAUUACGACUGCAAGAGAUGUUCUGUUGAACAAACCUGCGACGAUCUUCCACUGCAACAGGAGAUAACAGCAAAUCGUCAACAAAUAAAUCUUUUCAAGAAUAAAUAAUAACAAGGGAAAUCAUUUUAAACUUCCUAUAUUACUGGAUAAAGUAUUGUAGUCACAAUAAAAUAGAUAUAUUACGUAAACAGUUUCCAGAGUUUUAAAAAAUCAAAUUUUCGUCAAUUUUGUUACUUGGUCCCCUCUGAAUUAACACCGACCAUGUGAUGUGAGGAAUAUUUAAGCUCUUUGCGGCACCCUUAAAAACCUCUGACCAGGAAAGAGUGGACGGAAUCAAAUUGCACCACGGAGAGUAGUGUAUAGCUUUAGAUUGCAUGCAUCAAAAUAGCUAAUUUUUUAACCAAUAACAGCAGGGGAAACCUGUUGAACUCAUAUUUGGCCCCGAAUCCUCGAAUCCUUCCCAACCAAGCUGAGUUAUAUGUAUGCCCAAAUUUCAGGGAAUUCAACCUACAAAAACCCCUCAUGACGAAGAGAACACACCUGCCGAUAAUACUCUUGGCGAAGAUAUCUCCGAUGCGAGAAAAUGUGAUUUUGGAAUUUUCAUU